AUGGAAGUUAGCAAGGUUGAUGGCAAAUUUAAUUGUCCUGAAUGCUCAAGCAAGCUCAGUACUCCUACCACAUUUAGCGCCCAUCUUAAAAAAAAGCAUAACGGCCACUGCAAAGCCAUUUCAAAAAAAACAAAGCGACGAAGCCUCGAAGAUAAUAACAACGAUAAUUCUACAACCAUAUCAUUGAAACAUCGAAAUGGUAAAACUUAUCAUUUUCUAAAAUCGUCAGACAGCAUAAGUGAUGUGCUAACCGAUCAACCUUCUGGUUCUUGGACCCUUCCAGCAGCCGAUACAACAGUCAUACAAAACUCUUCAUCCUCAAGCGUUGACAGCCUUCUGGAUCAUAUUAUAAAUACAAGUCCACUCUAUAACCACUUAUUUGAUCAAAAAUACGUGGAGCUUACAAUGGAAGUUACAGAGUUAAUAAACCAGGAUUGGACUUUCUUUCCUCAGCUUAGGUAUGUCACCUCGCAAAUUUUUGCUGGGGCAAUCCUAGUGAAUAAGACAUCAGCAUUACUCUUGAAUUGCAUAGAAUCAUAUGGAAGAUCGAAGACCGUUGAUGCACACCAUGAGCGCAGAAUUGGAACUGCAAUGAAUACAUCCUCUUUUCCCAAAAAACAACCAAAUUACGGAUGGAUUAAUAUUAUUACCACUCACGAAGACGGAGCAACCAAACUAAAAAUUGGCACAACGGUCAGUAAUCUGUUGGUGACCUCAAGUAUACGCAUAGACAAAAACUCAAUAACAAAGAAUAUUGUGGAACUAGGACCAACCACCAGUAAUUUCACUGCAACACACGAUACAAAAAUCUAU